ACGUGUCUUACACCCAGCACCGCUUGUUACCUUCAUCUCUGAACUCCAGCGCAUUUCACCAUGACGAUCUACUACUCAAUGACAUUCGCGCUCCUCGUUGCGGAGGUUGCGACCUUCGUAGUUAUCGUUCUUCCUCUGCCGUACGCCUUCCGGAAGCGUCUUUUUCGUUUCCUUUCCGAAAGCCCUGCCGUCGCGAAAGUUGCGUAUGGGAUCAAGAUUGCGUUCAUCUUUGUUGGGAUAUUGUUUGUAGACGCUGUUCAACGGAUGUUGCGCGUCACAGCGGAAGCAGACCUGGCGAAGACCAGCGGGGGAGUGCAGGAUAUCCGAUCAGAGACCAACUUUGCUGCCCGUAAAUUCUACGCACAACGUAACACAUAUCUGACUGGAUCCACUCUGUUCCUCUCGCUCGUCCUCACGCGGACCUUCUACAUCUUGCUCGACCUCGUUCAAACCCAGGAAGAAUAUGCGAAGCUCAAGCAAGAGGUUGCCAAAAGCUCGCGCGGACAGAUUGCCUCGCAAGAUCAGGCAAAGCAGAUCGAGGACCUUAAGAAGAAGCUCGCAGAGGCAGAGGAUAAGGUCAAGGAUUUUGACAUUGUGAAGAAGCAAGCCGAGCAAAACGCGAAGGAGUACGACAGGCUCGCGACCGAGUUCAACCAGGCAAACGGCAGCGCCUCGGACAAGAAGGCCGACUAGCUGUGUUAACUCGGACCUCAUGUGGUGCUAUGCUGGCAGUAGCUGGCUGCUUUGUGUCGAUUGGUGAAAAGGACUGAACUCCGCAUGUUUUCCUGAUGUACACUAAGCACAAUUAUACAUGGAUUAUUCCCUCUCGGACAGAAUACAUGGACAAG